UGUUUACCUGACUUGUUUAUUCCAUGUUAUAUUGCGUUAUCUUACUUUGUUCUGUAAGAGUAUUUUUCUGAUGUUAUUAUCAAAGAUGUAGAUGGAUUGUAACACAAUUGUUACAGCAACUAUUCAAGUGGAUGUUGGAAUUUCAUAUUAAGUGUUGAGAUAAUGUAUGUUUUAAGAGGACUUGUUCUGAGUGUGCUGAUUGGACACUGUUUUACAGUGUUCAAAUUCAGUUUCGGAGAUAAUGACGACGACGACGACGAGGACGACGAUGGACCUGUGAUAUUUAAUUAUAACCAGUUUUUGAAGAAACCACAUUCCGUGCGUGUUGAUUCGAAAUCUAAAGUAGAAACGUUAGGCCGCGUUUUCAAAGGUCAUAUUAAGGACCUGAAGGAUAGAUCGGGAGGGACUCUGGACCUCCUUUUCUUGCUGGACAGCUCCACCAGUGUCGGCAAAAAUAACUUCGUUGAGGAGGUCAAAUUUGUCAAUAAACUGUUGUCUGACUUUACCGUGGACGUGAAUGAUACACGCGUAUCCGUGAUCACGUUCUCGUCACGAGAGCGCGUCAUACGUCACAUUGACUACUUGGACGACGCGGAGAACUUCCGGCACAAAUGUUCCCUCGUAGACGAUCUUAAGAGGAUCGAUUACAGCGGAGGCGGCACGUACACAAGAGGGGCUUUGUUGGAGGCACAGAAAGUGCUCCGCAACGCCCGACCGGAAGCUAGUAAGGCAAUCUUCCUGCUGACAGACGGUUUCUCCAACGGUGGCGACCCUCGUGGAGAAGCGCGGAAGCUGCGCGCGAGCGGCGUGAAGAUUUUCACGUUUGGCAUCCAGAACGGAAACGUCUUCGAGCUGUACGACAUGGCAUCCACGCCGAAGAACGAGUCCACGUACAUCUUAGAUAGCUUUGAGGAGUUUGAGUCGCUCGCCAACAGGGCGCUGCAUGAAGAUCUGAGCAGUGGAAAGUAUGUUGACCAGCCGGUCCGGAAGUGUAACCGACUGUGUGUGGGUCGGGACUGCUGUGACUCGAUUGCCACGUGCAAGUGUGGCACCCACACUGGCAAAUACGAGUGUCUUUGUCCGCGUGGUUACUAUGGAAACGGGCUACGGAGAGGAUGCCAUGCCUGUCCCACGGGCACGUACAAAUCUCAUGACCGUCCUGGUGACGUACGCACAUGUGUCAAAUGCCCGGAUGAAAACCACGUGACGGUACCGGGCGCAACGUCCAUGGAACAGUGUGUAUGCCGGAAGGGCUAUCGAAACUUCGUUGAUGGAUGUGCAGUUUUGAAGUGCCCAACCCUGUACGUACCGAAGAAUGGCUAUUUCGUGAACGACAAGUGUAAGAGCGUGUUUAACGCGGCGUGCGGACUGCGGUGUAAGCCGGGCUACGAAUUACGGGGCUCCAGUCUCCGCAUCUGCCGGGAGGAUGGGUCAUGGUCCGGGACGGAGAUGCAAUGCAUCUUGAAGACGUGUCCGGCGCUCAUGAAACCUAAGAACGGGAACAUGAUCUGCACGACGGACGAUUUCAGCUUCAACACAGUCUGCGGCUUCACAUGCGACACCGGAUAUAAGCUAGUCGGCUCGAAAAAACGAACUUGCCUUGCUAUCGCGUACUGGACGGGAAUUAACACGAGGUGUAGAGAGAUCACUUGUCGCCCUUUACCGGUGGUCCGUGACGGCAGCGUAUAUCCGCCAGCGUGCGUGGCUGGUGACGUCACGUUCGGUACGACGUGCUCUGUCACGUGUCACCAUGGAUACAGCCUCGUCGGGCCAUUUGGCCGACAGUGUCUGCCAGAAGGCAUGUGGACGCCCGCAACCGAGGUCAGCCAGUGCGUUGACACGUCACCACCAUUCAUCACGUGUCCAUACAAUAUUGAGGCUGACACAGACGUGAACGAGAACACUGCUACUGUCUCCUGGCAGGUGCCGCUAACAGUAGACAACUCCGGCUACGUGCCCCUGUUAUCUUCCAUACCUGCAGUGAUGCCGCCAGAAAAGUUUUCGGUCGGCACGACUAAGGUCACGUACAUUGCAGAGGACCUGAACAAUAACAAGGCCGAUUGUCACUUCUACAUUGUGGUCAAAGACCACCAGAAGCCGACAAUAGACCGUUGUUUCUCUCCCUUACCGAUUGUUUCCCCUGAUGAGUACGGCGUCGUCAGCUGGGAAGAGCCGCUCUUUAGUGACAACUCGGGUGAGGAGGUUCGUAUCCGGCGCUCCCAUGCGCCUGGGCUGUUUCCUCAGGGUGUUACAGAGGUCGUCUACACGGCGUACGACUCCAGCGGAAAUAGCAACAACUGCACUCUCAAGAUAAACGUUAUUCCCCAUCCGUGCGAGUACCCGCCCGUACCCCUGAACGGGAACCGCACGUGUUACGAGGACAGUCAGGGUGUGAUCUGCUCAUUCACGUGCAGGCCCAGCUACGGUUUCGCCGUGCAGCCCGCCCGCCAGUACACAUGUGCCUUUGAUAACAUCUGGGAGCCGAAAGACAUGAUGCCCAUCUCGGACUGCUCCGCUCUUGAAUUGGCCAACGAGCUCAUUCAACCUGCAUCGUUCACGUUUGCGGGGCUCGUGGCAUGUCAGGAGAGGGUUGAGCUCGCCCGGCUAGAGAAGGACUUUGAGAGAAAGAUCACCAUACGGGUCCUUGAGUUAUGUGAGGAGGGGCUGGACUGCAGCGUUCGGGAUAUGGAAACCACCUGCCGCCAAAACACAGAGGACGGGGUGUUUAAUGUCCUCGGUCUGAACAAGCGGUCGCUGACGGACCAGAGCCGACAGAGACGUGAGGCGACGGAACCGGAAAUAGCCGCGUACGAGACAAAGGACGCCAUAGUGACCUUCAACUAUGUGCUGACUGGUAAGGUGAAGGACAACACGGCGGCCCCAGGCACUGAGGUGACGCGGCUCCAGGAGCAGCUUGUGACGGUGUUCGACAACAUAAAGAAGACUCUGGAAAAGGAUGCCAAGAGGGGCGACCUUCACCUGGAGGUAGACGGCCGCCAGCUCGCGCUCCACGACUUCCAGUUGGAAGGCACGGCGGAGUUUACGUGUAAGGAAGGAAGCGUCAGGCGGGAGAAGUCAUGUGUGAAGUGUCCGGUGGGAACGUUUUUCAACAUCGUCAAGCGGGAGUGCGAGAGUUGCCCACGAGGCACGUUCCAACCCGAGGUUGGUCAAAUCUCGUGCUUCUACUGUCCCGCGAACAGCUCGACCACGGAGGUACACUCCACGAGCCAACACAACUGCACAUCCCUUUGUUUGCCCGGAACGUUCUCCAACAAUACUGUAGAGCCAUGCGAGACCUGUCACCGGGGCUACUACCAGGACACGUACGGACAGACAGACUGCAUCAGGUGCCCCAAACGGCACACCACGCUUCGCAGGGGCGUCAUGGAUCUCGCAGAAUGUAAAGAAAAAUGCCCGGCGGGUUAUCUGUCGCGGACGGGCGUGUCACCGUGCUGGCCGUGUCCCCGGGGGUCGUACCAGCCACGGGUUGGUAGGGUAUCAUGUCUCCAGUGCCCCAGGGGUACCGACACAUCCGACACGGGGGCUACGGACCUCGCACAGUGCCACAUGGAGCUGUCCGACUACCCUCAGGACGUCGCGCCGGCGCUCAUGUCUGAUGGUCAACAAGAAGAGAUAGACUUCAAUGUGUGCAUUUCCCAACCAUGUUUGAACGGUGCCACGUGUAAAGCCGGCCUCUUCGGUGCCACUUUUGAGUGUGACUGUGCCCCAGGAUUCUCAGGCGUGUUUUGUGACCAGGAAUCGGAUGAGUGCUCGGCGGCUCCGUGUCUCAACGGAGGCACGUGCCAGGACGAAAAGGGCGACUAUAAGUGUCUCUGUGCCCCGGGUUAUACUGGUAAAAAGUGUGAGAAGGACAUAGAUGACUGCUCGGGAGUGGAGUGUAUGAACGAAGGCACGUGCGUUGACCAGGUGAACUGCUUCCGGUGCAGCUGUCCACACGGUUACACAGGCGCUGUUUGCGAGAUGGACAUCGAUGACUGCGUGUCGGAUCCGUGUUCCAACGGUGGCACGUGCGUGGACGGACCCGGCGGGUACACGUGCACGUGUCGGAGCGGCCUGCGCGGGGAGCAGUGUGAGAUUGAUGACGAUGACUGCGCUAGUGGACCCUGCCAGAACGAGGCCACGUGUGUGGACCAAGUUGACUCAUACAUUUGCGAGUGUCCGGCCGGGUACGAGGGCGUGAACUGUGAGAAGGACGUGGACGAUUGCGCAAACUCUCCGUGCAUGCCACCUGCCACGUGCAGGGACCUCGUGGCCGACUACAGCUGCGAGUGUCCCACGGGCAUGGGCGGCAGAAACUGUGAUCAGGUAAUCGGUGUGCACUUCCAACUGGACUUCCCGUCGACGGCGAGCACGACGGAAUACGUCAUGUUGGACCUGAAACCUGACCUCACUUCCGCUACGGCGUGCUUCUGGAUGCGCUCCGACGAUACUACCAACCAGGGGACGGCGUUCUCGUACGCCAACGAGGAUGGGGACAAUAUCUUUACACUCACGAACUACGAUGGCUGGAUUUUGUACGUCAACAGCGAAAACCGGACGACGCGGGCGAGGACAAAUGACGGGCAAUGGCACCAUGUGUGCGUCCUCUGGUCCUCAAACCGGGGCUCAUGGCGGCUGUACGUGGACGGCCUUCCUAGCGACAGCGGCCGCCGUCUCGCCAGUGGACAGACUAUAAAAGGCGGUGGAGUGUUCGUGAUCGGCCAAGAGCAAGACUCCUUGGGUGGCGACUUCAACAGUGCAGAAACGUUCAUAGGGCAGUUAUCGCAUCUUAAUGUGUGGAGUCGAGAGUUGUCUCUCACUGACCUUGAAAAUCUUAGGACAAGUUGUGAAAAGGUGAUGGGUGACGUAAUUUCCUGGACAGACACUUCCGGUCACGUGUAUGGAAUAGUCUCAGAGACGCCGAUAGAGUUCUGUAAAGAGUGUCCUAAACCAAAGUCGAUUGACUACGGCAAUGAGCCCCUGUGGACGGGCCUCACUGCGGGGUCACAGGUUAGCUACAGCUGUCUGAUUGGCUUCACACUGGCGGGAAAGUCACGCUCCAUCUGUCUCGUUACGGGUGAAUGGGAAGAUCAAGCCCCACAAUGCGCACGGAUUCAAUGUGGGCAUCCUGGUUUCGUUAAAAACGGUUAUAUCGAGGGUACGGACUAUACGUUCGAUAACAUGGUGCGGUAUGUAUGCGAGCGAGCCUUCGUCCUGGUGGGACCGGAGACCAGAUAUUGUGGACAGUUUGGCUUUUGGGAGGGUGAUGUACCCCGCUGUGAAGAAAUCAAAUGUGUUAUACCGGCAUCCCUCCUAUCGGCAAACACGCGGAUCAAAGACGCAACACCAGACAACAAGUAUUUACCGAGAACAGAAGUCUUCUUUGAAUGUGCUCCCGGAAAUAAGUUAUAUACUGACCAUAGCUCUGUUUUUUGCCAGACUGAUGGUACAUGGGACAUAAGCAUCCCAACUUGCGACCCGAAAAAGUGUGGCAAGCCUCCAACAAUUGACAAUGGAAUAGUUGAACUUCAGGAUAAAUCAGAGUUUGCAGUGGGCAGUUUUUUGCAGUAUCAAUGCGAUUUUGGACAUCGGUUUGUCAAGGAUGAACCAAACACAAAUGGUGUAGUGAGUUGCCAAGCCAGCGGUGCCUGGGGCGACUCUCUUCCUCGAUGUGAGGUUACUACCUGUUCAAUUCCUUCCAACAUUCUGAAUGGAAACUUCACCUACGACGCGCUGACGUGGCAAAGUCAAGUUACGUAUACGUGUCAUCUGGGAUAUGAACCGAGUCACCAAGAGAUAAUAGAAUGUUUCGAGGAUGGGGAAUGGAGUAAAGAUCCCCCGGUUUGCGAACCAGUCAGAUGUAAAAGGCCAGAUGAUAUAUUGCACGGAAAUAUCAUUAUUCCUGAAAAUGAAGUGUUCACGUAUGGAGUAGAAAUAAAAUACGUAUGUAGUCUUGGGUAUAGACUGGUUGGACCUGAAGCUAGAUCGUGCUCACAUAACACUUCAUGGAGUGGUGAGGAACCGGUCUGCAAACCAAUUUCCUGCGGGAAACCAGACGAUAUAGACUUUGGUCAAAUAAUUGGCCGCGAUUAUACACUGAAUAAUAUAAUUCGAUAUGUCUGUAGUGAGGGUUAUGAACCAAUCGGAGCUGAAGAAAGAGUGUGCAGAGAAACUGGUAAAUGGCAAAAUGAUCCACCAGUGUGCAACAAAAUACAUUGCAGCAUUCCGCCAGUUGUGACUAACGGUUUCUACUCCGAGACCUCGUUUUUCUUCCAAGAGACGGUUACUUAUCAGUGCGACAAAGGUUUCCAGCUAGAAGGGCAAGAAACAUUAACAUGUUUGUCAAACAAACAGUGGUCUCAUCCAGCCCCGGUUUGUGAGGAAAUUAAGUGUCCAAGUCCACCGAGAGUUGAGAAUGCGGUCUACAAUAACGCUGAAAAUCUAGAACUGUUCAGUAUUGGGUAUAGAGUGCGCUACCUUUGUGACAGUGGAUAUGAAAUUUCUCUCAAUAGUCUAAACCCCAUAGGUGAAAUAGAAUGUUUAAACACUGGUUUUUGGGAAGCGAAUCUUCCGGAAUGUAUUAAGAGGUCUUGUGAACAGCCUUCUUCUUCUUCUUCUUCUUCUUCUUCUUCUUCUUCUUCUUCUUCUUCUUCUUCUUGUUCUUGUUCUUGUUCUUUUUGUUCUUCUUGCUCUACUUCUUCAUAUUCUUCUUCUUCUUCUUCAUAUUCUUCUUCUUGUUCUUGUUCUUGUUCUUCUUGUUCUUGUUCUUCUUCUUGUUCUUGUUCUUCUUGUUCUUGUUCUUGUUCUUGUUCUUGUUGUUCUUGAUCUUCUUCUUCUUCUUCUUCUUCUUCUUCUUCUUCUUCUUCUUCUUCUUCUUCUUCUUCUUCUUCUUCUUCUGUCAUAAUCUUCAUCUGUCAUAAUCUCUUUCUUCAUCAUCAUCAUCAUCAACAGCAGCAGCAACAGCAGCGGCGGCAGCAGCAGCAGAAGCAUUCUUCUUCUUUUUCGUCCUCAUCUUCAUCCUUAUUCUCACCCUACUCCUCAUCAUCAGUCUCCGAAUGCAAGACUAUAAUCACCAUCUAUUACAUAUUGAGCCCUUGAACACUCACUAACUUGACGCCUUUUACUCAUCACUAUUAUCAUUAUCUUUUUUACCAAUGUAUAUAUGAAUAAGAUUUCAAGACCUAUUCUUACCUCAUCCAGUCCCGACAUGAGCCAUCGCCUCAUUGGUUGGUUGUCAUCAGUAGCCAACUCCACUGCAAGGGGCAUCUCUUCGGGUGGAUGGUUGGACCCUUCUGGUACAGUGGACGCUGAAACAUUUGAACAGAAGCAGCACCACAUGUUCCCAUAUAAAUUUGUAUAUAUAAUUAAAGCAAGUACAAUAAUAAUACAAACAAAUAUUAAACAUAUGAAUAAAUGUGCUUAUAAACUAGCAUUAUCCAAAAUAAUAAAAAACAGGGUUUUUUAAGCCUUUCCAUGUGUUGAAUAUAUUAUUAAUAAGACCCAAUCUAAAAAAAAACGAAGCCCCAUCUAAUAUGCCAUACUAUAUUUAUUGAUAUACACGAAAACUAAAUAAACAUUUUCCACUA